AUAUCAAGUGAAAUGUCGCUUGCUGGCAGGCAAUUGGUUAGUCAAACUGCCUGUUACAUCAACGUCAGGGGAUUAGCGAGGCACAGCUGGAAUACAAGGUUGCUUCACGGAAGAAGGUGAGAGACAGACUGAUGUAGUGUAGCCCAGCAGACAGUGUGAAAAAGCGAGACCGGAAAGCUUCUUCCUCUGCUGCUUCAGGAAUGAAAGGAGAGCCUUUUUUCAGAGGAAUGAGAGACACCAGUUUUUAUCGAGACUUUCGCCUUUUGGAAGGUGGACGGGUCUUCAUUCCCCAGCACACGGACAGACAGUAUGCACUAGGAGCCAACUUCCACCAGAUCAUUGAUUUCAAUGACCUGCCUACUUCACUGUUCGCAUGCAAUGUCCACCAGUCCGUGUUUGAAGGAAAGAAUGGGAAGGAACAUUUCGAGUCACUCUUCCUUGCUUAUGAUGAGCAUGUGACAUUCCAGCUGUUUAAAAGCUUCAGGCGUGUGCGGAUUAACUUCAGCAACCCCAAAGUAGCGGCCAGUGCCAGGAUAGAGCUGCACGAGACGCAGUUCAGAGGAAAGAAGCUCAAGCUUUACUUUGCCCAGGUGCAAAACCCAAGUACAGAUGGAGUUAACCUGCACCUGGCUCCUCCAAAGCCAUCCAAACAGUUCCUAAUCUCCCCACCAUCUUCACCGCCUGUAGCAUGGCAACAAAUAGACGAUGCCACCCCUGUGAUCAACUAUGACCUGCUUUAUGCAGUUGCAAAACUAGGGCCUGGAGAAAAGUAUGAGCUCCACGCGGGAACAGAAUCGACACCCAGUGUGGUCGUUCACAUCUGUGACAGCGACAACGAGGAAGAGGAGGAACCAAAAAACUGCCCCAAACCAAAAAUCGUCCAGACAAGGCGCCCCGAUCUUCCUAUGACCAUGCCUCACUGAAUUCCCUGCCAGAAAGAAGGAAACCUGUUCCGCUGCCUCUUUCAAACACACACGUUUCUCUCGGAACGCAGUUGUCUUUCCCUCACAGGAACUUUGAUGCUCAGUAACCUUUCGUUGUCCACACAGUUGUGCAGCAAGGGCUAGAAGGGGCUUCUUCUGUGUAUAACUUGUUUGUAACACACAGCCAUGAAUGUACGUUCACAUCAUAAGUUCUGUGGGAAUCGCAUCAUUGCGUUUCAUGAUUGUUUCCUUUCGGUUUUAUUGUAUUCGUACUUCGUCUGGUAACCAGUGGUCAGCAGUGGAAGUCAGUGAUGUCUGAGUAGUGCCUCAGAUGGAAACAAAGCCUCAACUGAAAAUAAAGUGGGAGUUUACUUUUCAAAGGACAAUGGUCACGCACUUAACACUGCUUACCACUGGCAGCUGUAUCACUGAAUAGUACAUUUUUCUAAGGGCAUGCUAGUCAUUUAAUAAAUAAAAGAUGACUGAAAUACAGUGCUGCAUGAGUUAACAUAACCUGAAUACAUACAGUCUAGAAUACAUUUAAAGUCCUCAAACUGUUUUUUGACACAUACAUACAAACCAAUGCAAUGCAUGCACUGACCCCUAACUGUUUUACACAUUAUCUUUGUUAUGUUUUUCUGUGGGUAACUCUCUUUUUUUGGGGGGGGGGGGACUGACUCACGCAUUGGCAAACGAGGGUACAAGGUGAUAUUUUUCUAUCUUAAGGCAAGGCCUUCUGAAUGUAAUAGUGGAGUCAGUUACACAAAGCCAAUCAAACUUCAUUUUAGUAAAAUGCCUGAAGUCUGUAAGUGUGUGUUUCCAUCUAGAAUAGUUUGGAAUGCAUCUGUUUCUAGCAAAAUGUAUGAUCAUUUCAAAAAAGUGUAUGGCUAACAAUCAAGGGACUACUGUAUAGUUUUGCCACAAUGGUUAAGAGUGCAAUGUUUAUUAAACUUUCAUAUCUAGAUGUCAGGGUAGAGGGUUUGUAAAGCGAUGCCUUUUGAGAUAGAAACACUUUGUGGCAUUAUCUGCUGAAAUCGUUUUUGAUAUAUUAAAUGGAUUAAGCAGAUUCUGAACUGGUUAGGUGCCUAUAAUAAUAAAUGCAAGAAAAUGCUACUAUUAGCUCUACAACUUUUCUAAACAUAAGGGCACUUUUAAUACUAAGGAAAAAACAACCAGCUCUAGUAAGUAAUUUCAACAAAUUGAAGUGUUAUUAUAUCAGAUUGUCUUUCUCUUUUAAAUGCGUAAUAUUGCAUCCCUGCUUUUCAAUAGUCCUUUACUCACUCGUACAUAUAGGUGCAAUUUCAGUGAACUAAAAAGCAUUUUAGUUUGUGUGGCAAUAAUAGACAGCCUGCAAUUCAGUACUGAAAAAGCGAUCCUCUUAUUUCUUCAAAUCUGGACGGUAAACACACUGUGACACCAUGACUGUGAAACUAGCUAACCCUACACUUUUCUUUCCUGUGAUAAACAACUGAUCUUAGAGUGGAAAAAGCACAUCCCAACUGCUAGGUUUUUAGAACAUUCUAAAAGAUUGUAUAUGAAAUAAAAAUGACUUGCUAUCAAAUCAUUCUCCAGUAGAAGUCAAAAGUAGGACUUAUUGGAAGCCUGUUGAUUUUAUAAGUGUUCAAGAAGACAAACUGUUCUACGGUGACAUUCAUUUUAACAGAGGAACAGUCAAUAUAUGUUUUGAAAUACAAUCAUUUUAUUUAGUAGCCAGGGGGACACUGAUUCGGUGCAUUAGGCAGCACUUCCGCUUUCUCAUUGGAUCCAUCCCUAAAUGCCUUUAUCAUUAUUAUUUGUGAGAUUGUCUCCCACCAUUCUUAAUUUCCCUGUCUGAACAAUCUAUUAAUGUAUAAUUCUGUUGGAAAAAUGUAAUUGGUUUAUCACUUAUUUUGACAUUAUAAAUAUGAUUCAAUUGUUUAGUUGCAUGUAUAUAUAAAAAAAAACAUAUCAAGACUUUGCUUUAUUACAUUGGUCCCUCUAUAUUAUACAGCAUUAUUUACACCCAUGGUUGUGUAGUUGCAGUGUGUUAAACGUAUGUUUUUAAUUUGCAGCAUACAUCAACUUACAGUUAUUAUCAGUAAUUACAUGUAACUUAUUACAUGGCUACAUAUGCAAUUACUAUGGAAGCCCGCUGAAAAUAAAGUGUUACAAUUGCAGUGAAAUCCCCUGAUGUGAUCAUGGUUUUAUACAGUACCUUGAUUCUGAUUACACAGAGUGGUUGAAUUUGUACAGGGUGAAUAGCAAAAGGAAUGAAAAUUGUAUCAAACGGUCAGUUGUUGUGACCCAGGCCCGAUAAAUCAAAGUUUAUGGCCCAGCCAUAAUUUAGAAUGAAUCCAGGCCCCAGAGUCCUGUUUUGUUUUUUACUUGAUUUUUUUCUUUAACAUUAUGAUGUUAGUAGUGCCCUUAUGAAUUAAUAUGUUCAUUUCAGUUCACAUGGAUCAGUCUUUGGGAACAUUUUCUUUUAGGGGGGGGGGGGCUGGGGAGUCAUUUGUUAUAGCCCCCAUUCCCAAAAAUGCUCUUGCAAAAAAAAAAAAAAAAACCUCAAUUACAAGUUUGUUUUCUCCUGGUUUUAAAUGAUUGUGCACCAUACAUUAAGACCCUGCACCUUUCUACGAUGUAACUGUCAAACCAAACCCAAUGUUUUUUUUCUUUUCUUUCUUUUUUUUUUAAUACUAAGCCUAUUUUACAGAACGUGUAUUAUUGGCAUUAAUGUACUGUUCAUCUAAGUGUCGGAACUGCCUGCUACACUAAUGUGACAUAUCUGUAUAUAUUAAUCAAUACUAUUUUUACUGCAUUUUUGUACAGACAUACAUUGUAGGUAUGUACUAGUAGUUUAACUAGUUUGAAUAUAGUAUUAAAGAGUUUGGUUUUAA